AGUUGAACAGUGUGAGUGUGUCAACAGAGUUGAACAGUGUGAGUGUGUCAACAGAGUUGAACAGUGUGAGUGUGUCAACAGAGUUGAACAGUGUGAGUAUGUCAACAGAGUUGAACAGUGUGAGUGUGUCAACAGAGUUGAACAGUGUGAGUGUGUCAACAGAGUUGAACAGUGUGAGUGUGUCAACAGAGUUGAACAGUGUGAGUGUGUCAACAGAGUUGAACAAGUUGAACAGUGUGAGUGUGUCAACAGAGUUGAACAGUGUGAGUGUGUCAACAGAGUUGAACAGUGUGAGUGUGUCAACAGAGUUGAACAGUGUGAGUGUGUCAACAGAGUUGAACAGUGUGAGUGUGUCAACAGAGUUGAGCAGUGUGAGUGUGUCAACAGAGUUGAGCAGUGUGAGUGUGUCAACAGAGUUGAGCAGUGUGAGUGUGUCAACAGAGUUGAACAGUGUGAGUGUGUCAACAGAGUUGAGCAGUGUGAGUGUGUCAACAGAGUUGAGCAGUGUGAGUGUGUCAACAGAGUUGAGCAGUGUGAGUGUGUCAACAGAGUUGAGCAGUGUGAGUGUGUCAACAGAGUUGAGCAGUGUGAGUGCUGCUCUGGAGUAGGGUUCGAACCAGGGUCUGGGAGGAGUAUUGUAACCUCGCGCCAUAAGUCUUCACGAGAGCUCUUAGCAUCCAACCAUAAUUUGGCGG